AUGUUGACAAGAUCCGAGAGUGAAGAUAACAAUCUGCAAUGUCGUCGACAACGUUGCAAUCAGAGAUCAGAUAAAGCACAUUCAACCCAGAACCACGAGCCCCCAAUAGAGAGAAGAACAAAUGUACAUAUACAGAGAGAGUUGCACGCGUCCAAAACGAAAAGCGCCUUUUAUCACGGUAUACUUUUCAUCAGUUUGCCUUACUGUCGUCUCCAAUGCAGUCGUACACCCAGAAUGACACACGAUAAACUAUUUGUUCAUUUUCAUUUCAUCUCCUUCACCUAUUUUGCACUUCGUCGAAGACAGCAACAAAAGAUUACAAGACGUUGA